GAUGUCUCUGAACCCAAAGUUGACAUCAAUUUUCAAAACACUUUUCAAAUGUGUUUUCAAUUGAAUUGAUUGUCAUGUGAUUGGAUGCCAUGCGAGUGAUGACCACAACCGCCACCAGAGCUGAUCCCGUCAUGUCUGAAAUUGUGGACAAACGCGGCAUUUACUACACGACUAUCCUAUCGCACGCGAUGUCCAGCGAUGGCCGGCAUAUGAUCUGCGGCCUCAAGAGGGGAAAGUUAGCCCUCUUUGACAUCCAGUCGAUUAUCAAACAAAACGCCGAUUUCGACACCAAAUCACUGGACGGUCAGGACGUGGAAGCGCUGGAACCGCUGCGACGACCGCAACAUAUCGUCGACACCUCUUCGCCGGUCUAUUCUGUGGCCACUUUUCCCACAAACAAAUCGGAGUUUGUUUUCGGCGGAAAAGGACAACUCCAGGGAUGGUUUAUAAGAGACAAUAAGUUGGCCAAAGACUGGUCGAUUACACUGUCGUCCAACACAUGUAUGGUUAACACCAUCGCCGCCACCGAUGAGCGCAUAUUCACGGGUUGUGGCGAUCAUCAGAUCUACGGCUUCGACGCCGAGUCACACAAACAGAUCCAUCGCCUCAAUGAACACAAAGACUACGUUAAUUGCAUUCAACUCUCAGCCGACGGCCAUAUGUUGUACUCCGGCGGCGAAGACGGAGCCGUAUUGGUGUGGGAUCUGAGGUGCGGCCAGAAGUCGGUGUCACAGAUAUAUCCGCACCGGACGGGUGACCUCUCGCGGCCUACUUAUGGCAAAUGGAUCGGCGCUCUCACUCUGGCCACCAAUAAUUGGCUCAUAUGUGGCGGUGGACCACAUCUGGCGGUCUGGCACUUGAAUACCAUGUCUUAUUCGACCAAAUUUGACGCCCAGAGCACCGCCAAUGUGGUCGUCGCCCACAACGACUACUACAUCUCCGGUGGCAGUGAUUCCAGUCUUCACUUCUGGGAACUCAAUGGCGAACUCAAGUCUACGAUACCCACCUCAGCGUCCGAUGUGUUCAGUAUUAGCGCCCAUCACUACAAGGAUAGCGAGUUUGGUAUCAAAGAGUUGAUUACCGGCGCCGGUAUGAGCUAUAAGGUCGACAUCUGCGCCAAUUGGAAGUAUAAGGACUUCGAGCUUCUUGUCUAUUAG